AUGGGACUAUUCACUAAUACCAACGACAAGGACACUCAAGAAUUCAAUGAAGAACUGGUUCAAACUUCCUUGAACGAACGCGUUCAUGGAGGGAUUCAAUCUGUAGGGGAUUCAAUCUUUUCAGUUUGGAAAGACGCUAUGAAUCAUGUGGAAAACCCGAUUUCCAAUAUUUGGGGCAGUGCUAGUGGCGGGGUUUCUGAUCUUUUGGACGUUCUUGGUUUGCCAGGCGGAUUUGGCCAUCCAGCACGCAUCCUAAGACUGUUUGAAGACGAUUUUACGCAAGAAGGCACAACUGGGCUCUACGGAUACAAAACUCCCUCAGACAAACAAUACACGAAUUGCAAGCAGCUAGAAGGGCUGUCCGUAUGGGACUCCCGCGGCUGGUGGCGUUGCUUGUUUCCGGAAAAAGUCGUGGGCAGCAACCUGAACCCGGACCAGAUGCGGGGCGUUUUGACCCGUGAAAAAGUGGAGCAAGACAAGAAACACAGUUUAGGGCUCUUUUUCACGGAAUACUCCUCAUACUUGUCCUGGCGUGCAGAUGUAUUGCGUCUUGCUGAAAAUAAACGUCAGUCUUCGCUCGCCAAGACGGAACGCCGUGAAGCGCUUGAAAAUAUCUCUACUACUCCUGAAGAUCUAAUGGAUCGUGCCACGGGCAGAAAUGUAGUGGGAACCUCAGAGUAUGUAACCUACAACAAUACACCUGAAGGUUUGGAAAAGGUCAAAGAGGUAAAAACGUUUUUUGACGAUGGCACCGUCAGACUUCGUUCUGAAAAACAGCGCACCGAUGCUGAGGGUCGUUCGCACGUUGACUCGUUUGAGAAACUACUUUCGAACGACGAUCACGCCAAGGACGGCUGGUUUUGGCGUAAGUAA